UAACAUAAGAGGGAGCACAUUUCUUGGAAAUCUUGAUCAAAUUGUUCUCUUCUAUGUCUUUCUCUUUCCUUUCUGCAAAAACAGAAUCUAAAUAUACGCUUCGAGAGAAUCCAGGCCUCAAGAACGCGUAAUAACUGAACAAGAAGCCGAUCUCCGUGCUCUAAACGACGCCGUCUCCUUCGAAUGGGAACGCUGCAGACUUGGCGAAAGGCCUAUGGCGCUCUCAAAGACUCCACCAAAGUCGGUCUCGCUCAUGUUAACAGCGACUAUGCGGAUAUGGAUGUGGCCAUAGUCAAAGCUACCAACCACGUCGAGUGUCCUCCCAAAGAGCGACACCUUAGGAAAAUCUUGCUUGCCACAUCAGCAAUUCGGCCUCGAGCAGAUGUUGCUUAUUGCAUUCAUGCGCUUGCACGUCGAUUGGCCAAGACUCGUAAUUGGACGGUUGCAUUAAAGACAUUGAUAGUUAUCCAUAGGGCAUUGAGGGAGGGUGAUCCUACUUUUCGAGAAGAACUACUGAAUUUCCAACAGAGAGGACGUAUUCUCCAACUUUCUAAUUUCAAAGAUGAUUCGAGUCCAAUUGCCUGGGAUUGCUCUGCGUGGGUGCGUACAUAUGCACUAUUUUUGGAGGAACGACUUGAAUGUUUUAGGGUUCUAAAGUAUGACAUUGAAGCUGAACGUCUUCCAAAACCUGCCCAAGGGGAGGAUAAGGGUUACAGCAGAACCAGGGACUUGGACGGUGAAGAACUAUUGGAGCAGUUGCCUGCUUUGCAGCAAUUGUUGCAUCGUCUUGUUGGUUGCUUGCCAGAAGGUUCAGCACUUAAUAAUUAUGUUAUACAGUAUGCUCUUGCUCUGGUACUAAAAGAGAGCUUUAAAAUUUAUUGUGCUAUUAAUGAUGGAAUCAUCAAUCUUGUUGAUAAGUUCUUUGAGAUGCCAAGACAUGAAGCUAUGAAAGCCCUUGAAAUCUACAAACGAGCUGGCCAGCAGGCUGGAAGUCUUUCUAGUUUCUAUGAAGUUUGCAAAGGUUUGGAACUUGCUAGGAAUUUCCAGUUUCCUAUUCUGAGAGAGCCACCGCAAUCUUUUCUUACAACUAUGGAAGAGUACAUAAGGGAGGCACCCCGGGUGGUUACUGUUCCAAGUGAGCCAUUGCUGUUAACAUACAGACCUGAUGAAGGUCCUUCAGAAGAUGCAAAUAUACCUAGUGAUGAACCUGAGCCUCAACCUGUGGAUGAUGUUGCUGUCUCUAGUGAGGACGUUACACCUCCUACUCCACCACCUCCUCCUCCUCAGAACAACAUGGAUUCUGCAGAUCUUCUGGGAUUGCGCUAUGCCACACCCAGUGCAUCUGCAAUGGAGGAAAGUAAUGCCCUAGCUCUAGCCAUAGUUCCAUCUGAACCUGGUGCUAAUGCUCCAACAUUCAAUUCUCAUGCCAGUCAACCAAAAGAUUUUGAUCCUACUGGGUGGGAGCUUGCCCUGGUGACCACACCAAGUACCGACAUUUCUGCAGCUACUGAUAGGCAAUUGGCUGGUGGGCUGGACUCCCUCACAUUGAACAGUUUGUACGAUGAAGCGGCAUAUAGAGCCCAACGGCCCAUCUAUGGAGCUCCUGCCCCAAAUCCAUUCGAGGUACAGGAUCCAUUUUCCAUGUCGAACACCAUUGCUCCUCCUCCAUCAGUUCAAAUGGCAGCAAUGCCUCAGCCUCAGACCAAUCCCUUUGGACCAUACCAACCAACCUUCCAGCCUCAGGUGCAGCCACAACAACAUUUGAUGAUGACCCCGGCAAACCCAUUUGGUGACACCGGCUUUGGGACAUUUCCCAUGAAUCCCGCCGCUCAUCCACAAACGACCAAUCCUUUCGGCACACCAGGCCUUUUGUAAUGACACUCUGCAACUUUUGAAAUGUGUAGUAAUUUUCCUCAGUGCAGUUGUUUUUGGUAAUAUUUGCAGGUGAGUGAUUGGCUUGAAGGGGGGCUUUUUGGUUGCAUAAAAUUGAUAAUUUUCGGCCUGAGUUGAUGACGUGUGUGGGUUGUAAAAUUUGUCAAGUGAAUAGUAAAAGAUGUAACAAUAAUUAGUUGAUGCAAUUUUAGAAUUAUCAUGAAUAUAUAUUAUUGAUAAUUUUUUAAA